AUUUCGAUUUUUUAGAAAAGAAUUGUUACAUGUUUGUUGUUGCAUGUUUCGUUUUUAUUUAUUAAAUUAUCAGUGAGUUGUCUUUUUUAAUGUGAAAGAAGUUGAUGGAAUCAAAACAGUGUUAUUUCGGUGUGAUUUAUCAUGCGAUAUUUGUACUCUAACCUAAAAGGAGUUUGAUAGCAGUUAUGAUCAAUACUAGAAGUAACACUUGCUUUAGCCAACAUAUACCCAACAUAAAUGUAUGUGGUUGACUUUAGACCAAUUGUAAGAUGAUUUAACAAUAGCAAGCAUUGAAGCAAGCAAAGGGGCUUCGUCUUCCAUCAGGAAAACGCUAGACUACACACAUCUUUGAUGACCCGACAAAAACUGGGAGAGCUUGGCUGGGAAGUUUUGAUUUGAAAAAUUUUACACUGAUGGAAAAAUGGCAAAAAGUGGUCGUCCAAAAGUACAUAUUUGGUUCAUUAAAGUUCAUUAUAAAUGUCAGAAAAAAUAAGUUGAAGUUUGAUUAGAAAUACGAAAGGACUUUUUCAACUACCAAUAUUAAAUUAUAGUUUGUGAAAUCGGUCCACCGAUUACCUCAGCUCCGCUGCACUACAUACAAUAUGAUAAUUUUCCUUAUUCUGCAGACUUUAUGCCAAUAUGUCGUCAGUGUGUGAGUUAUCUUCAUAAAAUUGAGUGCGAACAUGUUCUCGAGUAUAAUUGAGUAACGUCGAGACCUUCCUUAUAUAAUGCAAAAUAAUACUUAUUAACAUUACUUAACGUUUUCAUAUAGUGGGAAUAAUAAUAUUUUAUAUGAAAAAAAUAUAUAGAAUAAAUUUGUGAAGUGUUAGUAAAUAUAUCAUAAGAUAGACAGUAGAUUUUAGCUCCGAAUUCGGUAGAUGUUGUUCUGAAAUUUUCCCGUUUCGUCAACAACUAAAAAAUUUGAACGUGUACAAUGGUCGGCUACAACCGAACUUAUCUCUCCAUACUUGUUAUACGAGUAUUUCUGUUUUGUAAUGAAUUGCCUGUAGUCGUUUUGAUGACUUGUAAUUUUGACGGAAAUAAUUUCAAUAAAAAAUACAAUUCCUUUGAAGAUAUACACGUACAUAUAUAAUACAAAAAAGGAAAUUUUAAUGCUCACGAGAUGCCAGACGAUCCGAAACGAGUUGGGUGGACGCCAAUGCUGCUGCUGAUUUGUGUCGGGACCACCAUCGGUGCUGUUAUACCCCUUGGUUAUGCGCUGGGGGUUAUGAAUACCCCUGCUGAGGUGAUCAAAAAAUGGACUAUCGCAAGUGUGUCCAGAACGUACAACGUUCAACUCAAUGCAACGAAGGCGGACAUACUAUGGGCUAGCAUAGUGUCAAUUUUUCAGGUUGGCGGUAUUUUGGGUUCCUAUAUUUCUGGAUCUAUAAGCAACAAAUUUGGAAGAAAGGGUUGUCUUGCAUUCAGCGGAGUUUUGUUAUCUUUGGCUGGACUUCUUUUGCAUUUCAGCCGUAUGGCUCACCUCGUCGAGAUGAUGUUAUUCGGUCGUUUUUUGAUCGGUAUCUCAGCUGCGCUAGUCUAUACCUCACAGCCGAUGUAUUUGCUGGAGUGCGCGCCCAUACAUCUGCGUGGCAGUGCUGGCGUCUUCACACUACUUGGCAUAACGGGAGGCAUUGUUUUUGGGCAAAUAUUUAGUUUACAACAAGUCUUUGGCAAUGAGAGUUGUUGGGAAUUGGCCUUAAGUUCCUACUUGAUUUUUGUUCUGAUUGGCUUCUUGCCGGCCUUUUUGUAUCCGGAAUCACCCAGUUGGUUAAUUAAGGUGCGCCAAGACGAAGAAUUGGCCAGGAAAUCCUUGAAAAGCUUACGUGGAAAAAAUGCUGAAGAAACUAUAAAUGCCGAAAUUGCAGAAUUGAAAGCUUCAGCCGCUACCUCUAGUGAAAUACUUGGAUUUUGGGCGGUGCUGAAGAACUCAGAAUUUUGCCUGCCUCUGCUAAUUGUUAUCUCAUUUACCGCUUGUCAAGGUUUGAGCGGAAUUAAUGGUAUUUUCUUUUAUUCUGUAAGAAUAUUCACCAAAUGCGGAUUUUCUGACGACAAUGCCACCUGGUUAAAUUUCGGUUCUGGUGUGCUGAAUUUCGUGUUUGCGCUCAUUAGUUUGGUUUUAAUGGAGAAAUUCAAUAGACGUCCCUGCAUGCUCCUCUCAGCGGGUGCUUGUGCUGUAUCAUUAAUUGGCUUGGGGUUCGCUCUGAAGUAUAUUGAUUACGUCAGCUGGUUCCCAAUACUUUGCGUUAUUUUCAUGGCUUCCUUCAUAAUAUUUUUCAAUGUGGGCCUGGGGCCAAUACCAUUCUUUAUAGGAACAGAACUCUUUGAAUUACCACCUCGUACUGUGGCCAUGGCUACCGGGAACUUUUCAUGUUGGACCGGUAAUUUCUUGAUCGGUAUGUGUUUCCCUCCUGUAGAGAGCCUAAUUGGUCCAUUUUGUUUCCUACCCUGUGGCGGUGUUUGUAUAUAUUGCUUCUUGCUCACGUGGCGCUAUGUACCGGAGACACGAGGUUUCGAGCCGUCGGAUGUGAAACCCUUGAUGGCCAAUGGCCUUAAAUCGAAAGUAACGUAAGGAGAGGUUAUAGAAAUUGAUAGAAAACAAUUUUUAUUACUGAAAUCAAGUUUAUUGUCUGGAUUCUUACUGUUUCUUUAAUCGAAGAAAAAUCAUUUCUCAAAAAUUAAAUUAACAUAUUACUGUUGUUUUCUAUUAAAAAAAUGUUUUUUUAAUAAAAAUGGUUAUUGACUUUUAAAAUAGAAUGCAAAAUACUAAAUUCAGUUCCGAAAAAUAUUAAUUUUUAUCUUCUGGCUGUCUGUUUCAGUGAUGAGUUCGGUUCCUAUUCAUCUUCAAUGGCUUCGAUCGCAAAGUUUUUCACUCGCAACAAGGUACAGAGUUAUUUGUGUCAAAAUAGUCGACUUGGAUAUAAGAUUGUAUAUGUACAUACAUACAUAUCGUCACCUGAAUUGCAAAAUAACGUAACAAUGUUUUCGGAAAUUUACAGUGGCAAGAAUGAAACAAGGAAUAAAAUGGAACAUGAGUGAAAAAAAAUUUAAAAUUGAUUAAAACUGGUUUAUAUCUGAGCACAGAACCUGAAAAUGUUGGACAUAUGUAAUAUUAUGUACAUAAUUUGAAGUAGUGAAUCGUAAUCAAUAAGAGACUCAAUUUCGAUUUUUUUGAUGAUACCGUAUUUUGCAUCUCAGGUGACGAUAUAUUCAAUAUAUCGAAAUGACAAGAAUAUCAUUGUCGUCUAACACACUUUCAAAGAGGCUUCAUUAAAAUAGGCCCAGAGUGUGCUCAUAUGAAUCACUUCCAAAAUGGGCCACAAGCAGGUUUGUUCCAUCUUGCGUAGUUCUGAAAACCACCAGCGUAUAGUUCACUUCAUCCCGUAUACAAAGUGGGGAUCUCAUACAUUCAACUAUAAAAAAUACUUAAUGUCCUCUUUUGACCUCGGUUAAUAAAUUUGCACAAACUUCUGGUUACCAAUAGCUAUUAUACAGUUACAGGCGCACACAUUUGUUACGGAAGAUAUAAUUUUCAGAAUAUUACCAUGCCAUUUUUUGCAAUAUUACCAACAUACAAGUAUUAAGUGAAUAUUUACGAACUGACGUGCUUAAGCGAUCAUUACAACAGGUGUUUUCUUUUAGUAUAUUCGUAUAAAAGGCUCCUCAGCAGCCUAUAAAUACUAUACUCAUGUACAUGCAUGGCGUAUAUAAAAUGCGUUAACUUAAGUGAAUUAAUUAUAAAGAAAAAAUCUUUGUUUAAAAAUAACGAAGUAUGCCCCAGUUUGUGGUACACUGCGAAAAUGUGUGCUAAAUUGCCAACUGAGAUCUCUUG